AUGGCAUCUUACGAGGCUUUGUAUAGUCAUAAGUGUCGUACUCUGCUAUGUUGGACUGAAUUGGGUGAACGUCGGGUUUUGGGUCCUGAAUUGGUUUCUAAGACCGAAGAUAAGGUUAGACUUAUUUGGGAUCGUCAGAAAGCAGCUUCUGAUGGACAAAAGUCUCAUGCAAAUCUAAAGAUGAGAGAUAUUGAGUACUCUGUAGGUAACUUCGUCUUCCUUAAGGUUUCUCUAUGGAAGAAAGUUCUGAGAUUUGGUCAUAAGGGCAAGUUAAGCCCUAGGUGGUAUCAGUCUGAUCCAUCUCAUGUUGUCUCUGUUGAGGAGAUCGAGGUUAGACUGGACUUAAAUUUUGAGGAGGAGUCGGUUCAGAUUCUGAAUCGAGAUGUUAAGAUUCUGAGGAAAAAGCUCAUUUCGUUAGUAAAGGAAAUCAUGACACUGAGGAAGUCACGUGGGAACCUGAGGACUUGA